AGAGAUCACAUCCAGUGUAUGCAGGGAACAGGCUGGUUUUCCCGAUACUGUGUGUAGUGAGUAAUGUUGGAACUGCAGGAAAAGCAAGAGGGAAAAAAAUGUAUGUUUCGCAAAUCUAAAUAUUUUGCAGAAUCUGAUCAUUUGUGAAAACUGGUUAAUCUCCAAAGAAGGGGCAAAUUGCCUGGAACUGAUACAACUGCGAUUUUCUUUAACAAUAAACAUAUAUAGCAUUACAGCAUUCUCAUCUCUCACUCAUUGAAAUUACAACAACAAAAAAACGCAGCAAACUGGGAAUACCCUUGCGUCAUGGUUAAUUCCCAGUCUCCCAGUCAGUGUGAAAGGCUGAUGUUGAAAAAAGAUAUUCUUUGGUAAUUAGUAGUAAUGAUAUCCAGUAACUCCGUCCUGCGGCUGUUCUCUUUCACUUAAGGACAGCAGCCAGUUGAUGGAGGGGAGGGGUAAACCCACGUUUAGGAUUAAAGCAGUGUUCAUUGAGCGUGUGUGCGCACUGAGAGUCAGCAGCAACAGUUUCUUCAACAACACAAAGUUUCCUGCAAAGAAAGUUUAAUGGCUAAAUAUAAGCCGUGGAUGGUGUGCUGCUUCACAUUGCUUUUUUUAAUUUGCGCUGUUACUCUCGUCUGCGUGUUCAUCGCCUCACUUGUGGAUAGUGGAUGUCCCAGCGGCAGCUUCAAGCAUGCGGCUGUGUCUGCAGACUCGCAACGUUGUUCCGAGAUCGGCAGGAACAUUCUCCAGCAGGGGGGGUCGGCAGUAGAUGGCGCCAUUGCAGCUCUUCUGUGCACAUCUGUGGUCAAUCCUCAGAGCAUGGGGAUUGGAGGAGGGUCUAUAUUCACUAUUAGAAAUAAAGCAGGCAACGUUAAAGUCUACAACUUCAGAGAAACCGUCCCUCAGUCUUUCAAAACUGACCUGUUAAAUGAUUGUCCCACCACAUUCAGAUUGACCACAGGCAGCCAGUGGAUUGGCGUUCCUGGAGAGCUGCGGGGCUAUGAGGCAGUUCACAAACAGUAUGGGAAGCUGCCUUGGGCCAAGCUGUUUGAGCCAACAAUUAGACUGGCCAGGGGGGGCAUCCCUAUGCCACAGUAUCUGGGAAAUAUUCUGCACUUCCACAUUGUGAAAGAUCACGUAGAGAAGUCCUCUCUCUGUGAAGUUUUAUGCAACAAGAACAGAACCGUUCUGAGCAAAGGAGACAUCCUCAAGUUUCCUAAACUCGCAGAAACCAUGGAAAUAAUUGCAAAGCAAGGGGCAGAUGCCUUCUACAGUGGCAAGAUAGGACAGGACUUAAUCCAAGACAUAAAAGCUGCAGGUGGGAAUUUGAAAAUGGAGGAUCUGAAGUCCUUCCAGGUGCGGGUGGAAGAUGCUUGGACAGUUUCUCUGGGAAAUACUCGGAUGCACAUCCCUCCACCACCUGCCGGGGGCGCCUUGCUUGCCUUCUUUCUCGGACUGAUGAAAGGGUUCCCCUUGACUCCAAACUCCCUGGAUGGUGACCAGAAGAUUCAGACGUACCAUCAUUUUAUAGAGGCAGCUAAAUUUGCUAACGGACAAAGGAGGAGCAUUUGUGAUCCUGUCUUUAAUAACAGAAAGAGUGCAGAUCACUUGAUUGACCCCGCCUUCAUUGAUCGCAUCAGGGGCAUGAUUUUUUCAAACCGCACCCAUGACAACUCCUACUACAAUGUAAAGCCCUCCUCUGAUCAAGUUGGGACGACACAUGUGUCGGUCCUGGAUGAAGAUGGACUGGCUGUUUCUGCCACCAGCACCAUAAACCAAAUAUUUGGAGGAGCCAUUUACUCUCCACGAACAGGCAUCAUCCUCAACAAUGAGCUGUCUGACUUCUGUGGGCGAGGAGGCACAAUGAGGGCAGGUGAACAGCCUCCUUCCUCAAUGAGUCCAGUAAUACUGGAGUCAAAGUCUGGAGGACUCCUUGUGAUUGGUGGAUCAGGAGGAAGCCUGAUUACCUCAGCAGUGGCCAUGUCUAUAAUGAAUUACCUGUGGCUGGGGAUGAAUCUGAAAGAUGCCAUUGCUGAGCCUCUAGUGUUUGUGGAUUCCAGGAACAAUGUGAAUUUUGAGCAUGGUUUUAACGAGUCUGUAAAGGUUGGCCUCAGAGCUCUUGGACACAAAGAUGGGGACUGGCCAUACUUCUUAAAUGUAGUCAAUGGCGUGGAAAAGGAGAAUGGAUGCAUUGUAGCCGUAUCGGAUAGCAGGAAGAUGGGGAUGUCAGCUGGCUACUGACCAUACAGACCAUGAGGAAGCACCACCUUCCCACUAAAAUCUGCCCUAAAGACUGACUGAACCUUUAGCCUUAAGAACAAUGAUAAUGUGCUUAAACUGUGACAACAAAAUGUGAGCAAUUUGUUGCUCAAGCUCUUUCUUGAUGGAACUGAUGAGUAACACAAUCAAUCAAGUAAUAAUUCUGGUUAUUAUAACUUAGGUCUUUUUUCAUAGUUUUGGCCAUUAGUUCUUUCAGUUACAUAACAUUGUACUCACCAUAGUAAUUGCAGAGAUGUUGGAAAUCUGCAAAAUGGCUCAAAAGAAGUCAGAUGGGGCAAGAAACACAACUGGUCAGAUGAUCAGAUUAUCUAAACCACUUUAUUUGGAGGUAAACUAAAACUAGGAGUUUGCGUCCAAGUUUUGUGCAAAGUUCCGAAUUUCCAGAAAAUUUGGGGACUGUUUAAAUGAUUUUUAAAUGAUUUUUUUAGUGUUGUUGCCAUGUUGCCAUCUCAGCAAUUAACUUGAUAGUGUGACUGACAGAAAUGGUGGGCAAAACAAAAAUAAGACCUAAGUUGCAAUAAACCAGACUGAUUGGACCACUCCAUUUACGCACAUUUUCAUUCCAGCCUGUCACACGCACCCUGAUGUCAUACCACAUAAAUGAUGUAGACACACAGUAAGCACAUCAUGAGGCUGCUACUAUUACUGCUGAGAUCUGCUUUUAUGAGGAUUACACACUCCUGACCAAAGUGAAAUGUGUUUGCAGCAGGAAGCCAUAAAAGCAAAUCUACUGUAGUCCAACAAAACAAAACCAACCGCUGUUUCAUUCAAGUCCAUUGAUAUUAAUAAAUGUUUUAUUUUCUGACUGAACUAUGUAAUUUUAUUCUAUGUAAGUAAUUUUAUUCUAUGUUCUUUGUAAAUGAGCCAUGUAACUUUCAAAGUGACAUCCUGACUGACAUGUGAAUUGAAGGCUGUUGUAGGUCGUCAGCUGCCCAAACAGAACUUUUACUGUGACAUAAAUAUUUUACUGUAUGUGAAACAACCUUAUUCAGGUCCCUGAGCAUAUUAUGAUCUUUGUUUGAAGAUUAAGAAAAUGCUGUAAAAUUUCAUAAAAAUAAAAAACCAACAAGUAGAUUCACAAUGAACAAAAAUUAUCUAAAAAUGUAAGUGUAUUUUCACACCACCAACAUGUAACUUUGUAUUUUCUCUGUGUUUUAAUGUCAAUUUUUUUGUAACUUUUUUUCAGAUUUUUACAACUAUUAACUGUGAAUAUCUGUGUUGUCAUAAUAAAACAUAUAGUCCAAACAAA